AUGCCUUUGGCAACGUGGAGCCAAAGUGGAGCUGCUGCAGGGAGCUCAAACUACGCACAAGAAGGAGUAAAACAGGAAUAAAAGGGACCAAAGUUAAUCCUGCACAGCCCUCCCAAACCCUGCUGUGGCAGGACGGGGCUGUGGAUCUGCAGCAAAACAUCUGCCUGAAGCCCUGGGGGCUGCCAGCGCCUGUCAGGAUCUCACUGAGGAGAUCAGGCUGGCUGUGCCAUGAUCUCUGCUGUGCUGCUCCUCUGGACCGUGCCCUGCGUGGCAAACCACAUCCUGGGGGGCUUUGCCAAGCGGGAGCUGCAGGAGGGUGCCCAGCUGGCCUGCAGCCUGCCAGGGCCCCCCGGGCCCCCCGGGCCCCCCGGCGUGCCCGGCGCUCCCGGCACCGUGGGCAGGAUGGGCUUCCCGGGCAAGGACGGCAAGGACGGCCAGGACGGCGACAAAGGCGAGCACGGCGAUGAAGGUCCCCAGGGCAGAACAGGAAACCCUGGCAAGCCAGGCCCGAAGGGGAAAGCUGGAGCCAUUGGCAAGGGAGGGCCCCGGGGGCCCAAGGGUUUAAAGGGCAAUCCCGGGAAAAUCGGGGCUCCGGGGAAGAAAGGGCCCAAAGGGAGCCAGGGGGAGCCCGGGCUGCCGGGGCCCUGCAGCUGCAGCGCCAGCAAGGCCAGGUCUGCCUUCUCGGUGGCCGUGUCCACCAGCUACCCCAGGGAGAGGCUGCCCAUCAAGUUCGACAGGAUCCUGAUGAACGAGGGAGGACAUUACAAUGCUUCCAGUGGGAAGUUCAUCUGCAGCAUCCCAGGGAUUUACUACUUCACCUACGACAUCACUUUGGCCAACAAGCACCUGGCCAUCGGCCUGGUGCACAACGGCCAGUACCGGAUCAAGACUUUUGAUGCCAACACUGGGAACCACGACGUGGCCUCUGGAUCCACCAUCCUGGCGCUGAAGCAGGAGGAUGAGGUGUGGCUGCAAAUCUUUUACUCGGAGCAAAAUGGGCUCUUUUAUGAUCCCUACUGGACAGACAGCUUAUUUACUGGAUUCUUGAUUUAUCCCGACCAAGAUUAUCUCAAUGAAGUGUAGGAGGAGAAACUAUGGGGAAAAAUUAGGAAAUGGGCCUCAGUCCAACAAAGUGUGGCCUUACGUGGGACAUGCCUGGGAUUAUCAGAUGAUUCCACAUUUGCCUGUGGGAUUAUCAGCUGACUGCACCCUGUAUGGGCUAUUUAGACUUUUCCACAGGGCACCAAGCUUUCAGCAGCCUCAUGAAUGUCUCCAUUCCAAAGCCACCCAUUAUGUAUUCCAUGAUUAUUCCAACAUGCCAUGGACAUGUAACUCAAAUACUGGUGCAGAAUGCUUUGGUUAUUGCAUUGCUAUAAUAAAGCAUGGAAACCAACA